AUGGCUUCCGCUAACUAUCCCCUACCGCCUGAAGUGAGAAAUGACGUUGCAGCAAGGUUGCAUGCUCCAUCUCUCAGGAUCAGGUUCGACGAGGAUGUAGACGCGUGGAAAUCCACGAAAGGCUACCAAAAUUAUUUACUCUUCCUUCACAGGCUCAGCGAGUCUGUUGUAGGCUAUAAUAUGCCGGAAUGCGCGGCGGAAAAUCCAUCUACAAGUAUGAGUUCGGCAGUGAGAUCGACUCUGGAUAUCCUGGAUAAACUAGAUAGAUGGAUAGAUGAAAUUCCUCCUUUACCCACUCCUCAGAGGUUCGGAAACCUUGCCUUUCGGACUUGGGGAAAGAAACUUGAAGAUAACGCCAAGGAUCUUAUGAAGUCCCUUCUACCGGAUUAUUUGCAUGGAUCCAUACACCUGCUAGUCCCUUAUUUUGUUAUUUCGUUCGGAUCGUUCACACGCAUGGAUUAUGGAACUGGACAUGAAGUGGCGUUCGGACUGUUCUUGCUCUGUCUCACCCAUGUUCGCUUCUUUGUUCCAUCACCCGAGGAGGAACGGAAUUUGGUGCUCCUCGUGUUUUACCGAUAUUUGAGAUUGUGCUGGCGCUUGCAAGACGUGUACCGACUUGAGCCUGCCGGUAGCCACGGAGUGUGGGGACUCGACGAUUAUAGCUUCCUAGGGUACAUUUUUGGGAGUGCUCAACUCAGAGACCAGAAAGAAAUUCCUGUCGAUGCAAUUCUCAAACAACCACUCCCACCAACAAAUUUGUAUUUCCUUCUGAUAUCAAGGAUCCAUAUGGUCAAAAGUGGCCCGUUCUUCGAACACUCGUCUCAGCUGUAUGCAAUUGCUACGGGUGUACCCAAUUGGGGAAAGGUACAUUCGGGACUAUUCAAGAUGUAUGAAGCGGAAGUUCUGGGAAAGCGAGUGGUUGUACAGCAUAUACCCGUGGGUGGACUCGUGGAAUGGGAUCCAGUUAGAGCGCCAGCGUCAAUGAGUCCAAACGCUAUCCCCGUAAAUUCCACACAGAACGCAUCAACGAGAGCUCCGUGGUCUUCUCCUGCUGCUCAGAGUAACCCCAGCUCCGUUUCGUCUCAGUUGCAGACAGGAGCUCCCUGGGCGAGCAACUCGUCAGAAACACGCGAGAAUCUUGCAGGUUGGACUGAGUCAUUGAUAAGAGCGCCGUGGAAAGCGGGCAAUUCUGGCUCACCUCGACGAUGACUCCCGGUAUGCGCCACAAAGAGCUCCGCGAAUCGAACAAGUGCUUCUCAAACACGAAAAAAGCUUGGCUUAUCAGCUAGUACCAUGACCAAGUCACGGUGUAUGUGUAGUACAUGUAUCAACACAUGAAUACCCAAACUUAUAAUGAGAGCCGCGAUGGUCUCGGAAGAUC